CGUCGCUGAAGGAAAGCCUUCAUCAGAACUGUCGAGCUGCUCAUCAUCUUCGUCGUCCACAGUCAUGUCAGAAAAAUAGAGUUCCCCGAAGCCGUUUUUAGUGAAAUAGUGAACAAAGGCGAACUGCAGUCGAGGAAAAAGGAAACCGGAGACGUUGGCGACGACGCCAUGUGUUGACUGCCUGGCCACCCUGCUCUCUGGAUGCGCUGGUGGUCGUGAGUAUUAUGAUGAGCCUCCACGGAGCCGGUUGCCUGCUCGCAGUAGCGUCUCAUCUCUGGCCACAGCAACAUCAUCGCAUCCCAUCAUCCUGCGGUGUGCGGUCGUUUGAUUUGUUAUCGACACGGGACCUAAUACGCACGCAUUAGAAAAGGAAAGGAACAAAAAGAGACACAAGAUUGGAGGAAGACACUGGCGCUGAUUGCAGAGAUAGCGCCGCCAUUAUUAUGCCGACGGCGGCUGUUUUGGGAGCGGCAGUGGGCGUAGGAGGCGCCCUGUUCCUCACGCUGACGUUGUUGAUCUACCGUUACCAUGCAGCCCAGAAAAAAGAAGCGGCCGAUCAACACUAUCCCUAUCAUCAGGGCGGAAAGGGCGCUGGAUACAACAGUUUAAGCAACAGUUGGUCAACUCGCGACAGCUGGGCACCGCCACCUUCUCCGACGCCGCCCCCCUACAAGACAAGCAAUUGCAGUCUGAUUGAUGAGGGUCACGGCGCCCACAACGGCAAGCGUCGUCCCCUGGCCAAACUCUAUCUGCCCCUUACAACUCAUCACCAGGGUUUUGAAACUGCGAAUCAUCCGGUUCAGCCGCCAGCUCCUUUAUUACUUCCGUUCCAGCCACCGUCUCCUCCAAACGAGUCACCGUAUUCGGUCCGAAAUCCGUUGGCCAUCAUGUCGAGUUCCAGCGGCGGAGGGACCCGAAGCAGCAGCAACGCGUCAGCUGCUGCGGCCACCAGCGGCAGCAGCAAAAGAUCAUCGCCGUUGAAUUAUUUCAGCCUGGAUAUUCCGGCCAGUUUGCUGGGUUCGUCAUCUGCAUCUGCUUCAUCCCCUGGAGCCACCAGCAGCAACUCAUCACUUCCGCAUCAAUCCUGUUCGCUGCCGUUUGUCGCCCGGCUGGUUCGAACCCCAUCGAGCUCGUCAUCAACGUCCGGUCACGGUGCGGGAGAUUCGCCUCAUCAAGAUCAUCAACAUCAUUUCCAGCAGGGCCGUUCGGAGAGUUUGCAGAAUCAGUACACACGUUCUCCAUCGCCGUCGUGUCGACAUCGUUUGGCUUCCAAUCCGACGCCUUUAUUCGGCGGCGGAACGACGUUGGCGUCAUCGACCAGUGGCCAUCACCACAGCAUGAAUGUCAGUAGUAACAAUUUGAAUUUGACGCCCUAUCCGAGCCCAAUGGUCAGUCCUACACCGUCGUUCUCGUCGCUACUCAACUCGCUGGCGUCCGUCACUUCGUCGACUUGCAAUUCGCCCGUCCCAACGACCACGACGACGCCGGCCUCGCCGCUGGUCAGACGCAAUCGAUCGCCGAUGCUCUGCUCUCUCAACAAAAUGAAUUCGGUCCAGUCGUCGUCGUCGACCACCUCCAAUCAGAGCCAAGGUUCCACGACGUCUUUGUGCUGCCUGGCCAUGACGGCCACAUCGACGCCUUUCGGGGCCCUCCAGCCGGAGCUCUACAAACGCGAAACGGCCAUUCACGUCGGAUUGCCGGCCGACGAUCAAGACCAAUCGGAUCAUUCAACCAACGAAUCCUCAUCAUCAGAUCCUGCUGCCCAGCAUCAACAUCAGUCGAGUUACCACCAGCAGCAGCAGAUGAACAGCAGCAGCAGUUCGAGGCCCGUUCCCAUCUCGACGGCUCCACAAAAGAGCAGCUCGUCCAGCAUCCGCAGCAACAGCAACAUACCUCUCGGCCGGCUACACUUUCGCCUCUCGUACGAUUUCGAUAAAUCCGAUUUGCUCGUCCACCUCAUUGAAGCUCGUGACUUGUCGCUGACGAUGGCCACUUUUACGGACGGAAGCGGAUCGACUUCUUCUUCGGGUGGCAGUUGCAGCAGCACCAGCGGCAUGGCGGCCGGAAUUAGCAACAAUCCGAGAGAAGCGCACGUUCGUCUUUUGUUGCAGCCGGAAGUGGACCAGCGUCGACGACAGUCUGCCCGUUGUCUCCGACUCGGCACCGACACGCAGUGCUUUUUUGACGAGCGCUUCAAAUUCCCCGUGUCACACGAUCACCUGGCCGAUAAGACGCUUCGAUUCCAGAUUUGCGAAUACGAUCGAUUUUCACGACCUUGUGUGGUUGGCGACUUGCAUUUCUCCCUGGCCGACCGUGAGAAUGUCUUUGGCAGCAGCAACGCUGGGCCGGGAGUCGACAUCUGGGCGGACGUGAUGCGCAACACGUUACCGGACGAGAGUCGGCCGCAGUUGCUCAUCUCGUUAAGUUACCUGCCAUCGGCCGAACGACUCACCGUCGUCGUCCUCAAAGCCAAGAACCUGGUGGUGCCGACCAGCAAAGAAAACAUCGAUCCUUUGGUCAAAUUGUACCUCAUGGUGAACGGCAAACGUUUGAAGAAGAAGAAAACAGAGUGCCGUAAAGGCACAUGUCAUCCUGUUUGGAACCAAGCGCUGACAUUCACGCUACCGUCGACCAAAUUACACAGCUGCACGCUCGAGAUAUCGGUGGUGGAUCACGGCAGCGAACGCGGCGGUAAAAGUGCCCAAUUGGGCUGUUUGGCUUUGGGGCCGGAUCAGAACGCGGCGUCACCUGAGCGCCAACAUUGGCAGGACAUGGCUCACAACGUGAGGAAAUCGAUCGCCAUGUGGCACUUUCUACACUGAAACACGAACUAAUAGAAAGCCACGAAAAAAGAAAGACAAAACUUAACCCCACACACACACAAACAAAAAAUUACACGCAACUAUUUCAUUUAUUUAAAACCAAAAACUAGGGAAAUCUUUUUUAAGCGUUUUCAUUUUCACACACAUAUAGGACAAUUUAAUAUUUACAUACGAUAUUCGAUUAUUCUAUUCGGUGUCUGUCGCGUUGGUGCAUGUCGAAACACUUGAUCAACCUGAUGUCCGUUGACUCUCUUAUAUUUUUCGUGUUAUCUUAAUCUCGGAAGAUUUUUCAUUUGAAACAACAACGCUUUCAUUCAGAUUCAUAUUCAAUUUAUUAUUCCAAACAUUUAUAACAUAGACGUAACAGUCCUUUUUGCGUUUGAUUGUUUCAUUUCCUAUUUGUUGCUCGGUUAUUUUUUCAAUGUCAAUUCCGAUGUUUCGGUCAAUGUAAUUUCACACAAAACUGGGAGGGGGGACAAACUGCACACACACAAGAAAAUUGAACAAAUUUGAUCACGGAUGAAAAAAAAAGCCACUCGCCACAUUUUUAUCUUUUUUUGUCAUUGGAGAGAAAAAAAGGAUGAAAAUACAUGUUGAAAUCGUCGUCGUCGGGCUUUCCAAGUGACACAAAAAUAGACGAGAUUGAACGUUUGUUUGUUUGUUGGCGUUUAAAUUUCAACCAUUUUCUGCGGUUGUUGCGUGCUGGCAUUACCGGCGGAAGCCACACAUAUCCUCAGAAAGAUUACAGGCGAAAAACGGCCACACGUUUCGGGUGGCUCGUCUCGGGCCAACUUCAAAGUGUUUCACUUGAAGUCGACAAACCCCACCCAAUCGAUUGUAGAAGAUCAGUGAGACUUGACGGGAGAUGACAUCGUCUAAUAUUUUCUGGUCCCUUGGCUUCCUUUAUUGGAUGGCAACGAUUCCCGUUUUGUAUGCAGAAAACUGUACGGUAAUUAUAGAAAAGUGCGACUGCACCAUUUCCUACCAGACGAUUGUACUGUGGAACUGCAAAGAUGCAACUGUGGAUUUACCCGGUUUAUACAAUGCUUCAAACAGCAAGAGUUUGAUCACAGUUCGCGACUCUACGAGCGUCACUUUACUCAACGAUUGGAGGGAUGUGCCAGGAAACAACACAUCGAAAGAGAUGCGAGAAGUUUUCUUAAUGAUGAAUAAUGUUGAGAAAGUAACAAUCAAAACAAACACUUUCGACCAACUUGUCAUCAACGCCGUUUUCCGCGACAUCAAAGAGUUGGAAUUGUCGGAUAAAAGUUUCCUGAGCUGUUGGGGAAGUGUCUGGUUGUUCAAAGACGUUGGUCUAAAAAAUUCGCCACAUUCAAAAGCUUUCAGUAGCAGCGAUUUGGUUGUCCACAAUGGUACUUCGUUCGCGGUGUACGAAAGGCCGAAAGUGACUCCACGACUCAAAUUCAGUCAAAUCUACGAAGUCUCUGCCAAAGUUUACGAUCUCGAAAUAACCAUUUACGCCGUGCUGGCGCUGAUAGGAGCCGUCAUCCUGACGUUAAUCUGCUUAACGAUCGUGGUAGCCAGAAAAUUCGCUUCGCCAUCAUCUCGGUCGGAAAAUCUACCUGAUGUCAUCCAAAUUUUAACGCCGGUGCAGAGCAGAAGAAAUAAGAAUCCCGUCACCAAAGUGUCGAGACUUUCCAAGGCGGUUUUCCCAAAUCGUGGAGCCAACAAGGAGCCUCAACGUGCCAAAACCAACAAUCACAAACAAAGAAGUCGACCUCCUCUUCCACCACCGAGAGACAUCUAACGACCGGAAUCUUUUUCUCUUGCCCCACACAGCACUACGAUGUCUGAAAUGAACUGGAUCUCUCUCCUCCCGUGGAUAAUUCCGGAAGUAUUUCGUCGCGCAAGACAAAUUUGAGCGACAUUUAAAAUGUUUUAAAAGACAUUCCAUUUUGACAAAUUUGGUAUCUGUUGCAAUUAGUUGUUGGUAGUAGUGCUUCAAACUGUGAUGUAAUUUGUAUUUUAGGCUUGUCGACGGGCCAAUUACAAACGAUUUAUGGUUCU